AUGGGUUUCGACAAUGAGACGCAAGUCGCUUCUGCGAAACGAAUGUACACCGCUCGAGCCGACACUUACGAGAACUCGUUUCAUCCCGAUUAUACCAAGCGCUUCAUGAGCGUCGCCAAUGUUCAACCCGGAGAACGAGUUCUAAUUCUAGCAUGCGGCACCGGCCUCGAGAUUUUUAUGGCAGCUGAAGUGGUAGGCGAAAAGGGCGAGAUUGUAGGCGUCGACGUCACAGACGCCAUGCUUGCCAAAGUGAAGGAGAAGCAGGAGCGUCUCAAACCUAGUGCGAGCAUUCGGCUGUUUAAUCACGAUGUGACGGAUCUGGAUACCUUGUCAGAACUUAAAGGGCACACAUUUGACGUCAUUUUAUGUUCUAGCGCGUUCGUUCUUUUUGACGACCCAGAAAAGGUUGUUAUGCCGUGGAGGAGGUACCUUAAGCCUGAGGGGCGGUUGGUGGUUGACAUUACUCAUGAGGACAACCUCAAGAUAGGGCUGCUGUUGGAGCGCGCUGCGAAAAGAUUGGGAACAAGAUUUCCCAGCAAUAGAGUUUGGAUCAAGGACAGAAACUCGUUCAAGGAUAUUCUGGAAAGGGCUGGAUAUACGGUGGACAAAAUUGAAGUGAUGGAUAAGCUCACUGGACAGGGUAGCACAUUUUAUGGCAGGGACCAGAUUGAUGAGCAGUUCGACUGGAUCACAGGUACGCCACUGACGGUCAACAUGGCAACGGAGGAGUUCAAGAGCAAGGCGAGGGCGUUGUUCCGCGAGGAGUGGGAGAAGGAUGCCGUCGAUGGUAAGAUUGAAAACGUGGAUGCGUUGUAUGUUUAUGUUGCUCGAAGUGCUUAG